AUGAAGGACGCGACGUCCCUCGUCAGUACCAGCAACAGCAGCGCCAUCGCGCCGGCCACGCCCACCGGCAACCGCCGCCCGCGCGCGCAGAGCAUGCAGCACUUCGGCGACAAGUGCUCGGUGCCCCGCGAGUGCUGCAGCUCCGGCUCGUUCGUGAGCAAGCUCUACCGCAUGGUGGACACGGAGCCCUCCACGAUCGUGUCCUGGUGCAGAGGCGGCAGCGCGUUCUGCAUCGUGGACCCCAAGAUGAUGGCCGAGCACUGCCUGCCCAAGUACUUCCGCCACCGGCGCUUCUCGAGCCUGAUCCGCCAGCUCAACUUCUACAGCUUCUACCGCGUGCAGGAGGGCCAGCUCACGAUCUACCAGCACUCGUUCUUCCGAAAGGGCCGCCCCGACCUGCUCGUGCACAUCAAGCGCCGCGGAGCCGGCAAGGCCAAGGACCCGUGGUUCGACCCCCUGGCCAACACUAGCAGCAAGGCUCCCGACCAGAACACAGCGCUGACCCCGCUGAGCGGCGCGCAGACGGCCACGAUGACGCCGACGCCCCUGGGCCUCGCCGCCUGCUACUCGCCGAUGGCCAAGCCCGUCGCGCUGGACAACAUGUCGCCCGCACUCAAGCCCGCCAUGAUCCAGGCCUGCCCGCCCUCGGUGGACCUCGGCGGCUCGUACCUGAGCGACGGCCUGAUGAAGAAGGACAUGGACCACGCGUACCCGCUGUCGUCGGCGCUCAACAUGAAGAACGAGCUGCUGUACGGCGACAUUAUGGACGCCGGUCUGUCGCUGCCCAAAUCGUCGAGCGGCUUGUCCGCGCCGUUGGACAUCGACAUCCAGGACUUUCUGACGGACGACUGCAACAUCACGCCCGGCCAGAUCGACGACCGGCUCUGCGGCGGCAUCAACCCCAACAAGUGCGCGAUCGUCUCGCGGGACUGCCUCAAGUUCGACGAGCCGCAGAGCCUGGAGCCGUCGCCCGUGCUGACGAACCAGGAGGACGCCGAGUCGGUAAGCUUCGAGAAAGAGGUGCUCAUGGAUCUUGCCAACGUGGAGCCCGGUGCCUGGGAGGUGCCGCUGUCGCCGCUGAACGACGAGGAGGACAUGAUGCCGUGGCUGGACCUGUGCUUCUAGACUGUAUGGUUGAUGCGACCGAUAGACGAAGCCCGUGACGCUGAUUAUUUAUGCCCCCAGCGACGCUGCCCCGCCCCAGUCUGUCCCCUCUCCGUCCGACGAAGUCAGCGAGCCACCCCCCCCUCCCUUCCGCCGGCUCAAAUUUUUCCAUCAUCAUCGUUCCCAUUCUGACUCGAGUGAGUGUAAUAGGAUGUAGGUAGGCAGAGAAUUAAGUUAGCAAGUAAUUAAGCAGGAUAGGAGCGUAGCAGUAUGUAAAGUAGGACAGUAGGCAGCAGCAGAGCAAGGAAACGAAACACGAUGAAAACCUG